AUGGAGACAGCCAUCCGCUGGUCCCCCUCCUCAACCACAAAGGAACAACGCUUCCUCUAUGUCGAUGUGAUAGGCAAAUCCUUCAAACUCUGCAGAGUCACCUCCGUCAAGGGCAAUGAGCUAGAAUACGAUGUACUCUCAACCCACAUCCGGGUCCCCGGCUUCCGAGCCUUUGAUUGGUCCGCUGCUGAUGAAUCGCUCAUCGCUGUUGGGCAAUCCUCCGGUGAAGUCAACAUAUUGCGCAUGGAUGGUAAUUCGAAUGAAUCUUGGUCGUUCCCGCUGAGGAAUCAGAGGUAUUGUAAUGCUGUUGCAUUCAGUUCGCAUGGUCUGUUGGCCGGUGGCUUGGAUAAGGUGAGGAAUGAUGUAUGUCUGAAUGUUUGGGAUGUCAAUCAUCGUAUUAUGACGGGUAGCUCGAGGGGCACGCUCGCGAGUGAUAGGCAAGGCGCUGAGCCGCUGAGGAAGUUGAGUUCGGAUCCUAUUACGAGUAUCAAGUUCUUCAGAGAGCAGCCGGAUACUUUGGUGGCUGGUGUCAAGGGUCAAUUCUUGAAGCUUUUUGAUCUGAGAGAUAAUUCCUCACAAGCUUUCCUUACAUUUUCUACAAAGUGUGUCCACAACACAGCGGUGGACUGGAUGGACGAGAAUUACUUUGCAUCCUGCUCUUCUUCCGCCGAUGCUACCGUCUGCAUCUGGGACAGACGUAUGGGCCCACGUCUCACCACAGGCCCAGCAAACCCUGAGGGCGGCCAGGUCGGCCCAAGUCUCAGCCUGGGAAAUACCGUUCAAAACGCGACUAUCUGGAGUUUGCGUUUUUCGCGGACUAAACGAGGAUGUUUGGGCGUGCUGUCGAGCAACGGUCAAUUCAAAAUGUUUGACAUCGCAAAGGAGUAUCUAUCUGCUGGUGACCGCAACUCCGUCGAUGAGACGCUCGGCCAAGGAUCGUCUUCGAGUUAUCCCGAGCAAAUAUAUACCAAGAAUAUUCGCGACAUUCGGCAUCCGUACAGUCAUCAGACUAGGGGUUACAAAAAGCCGAAUAGGGUUGUAUCAUUCGACUUUUUGAAUAUGAGUCGCUCCAACGAACCCAGUGCGAUUACAUUGCUGGGCAAUGGGAAGGUGGAGUUUGUUACGGUGCGGUCAUCGGCAGCGCCUAUAAGACUAUCUUCGCAGAACGUGCUUGUGCGAGGAGUUCCGUCUGGUGAACGAGAUUUUAAGACUAUCGGUCCUCGGCAACUGCGCGAAAAGACAUCAAAUAUCAUACAGUCAUUAAGGGCAUGCGCUAAGCAAAAUGGCUUGACGGAAGAAGAGGAAAAGAAGUGUCUGUCUAGUCGGGAAAAUAGAGAACAAGCUCUUUUCCUUGGCCGUAUCAAGCCGAAGCUCAAAGUUGUCGAUGUUCUGACUUAUUUGAGUGUCAGCCAAGCACGCUGUCGGGAGGGCUAUCUUUUCGAUUGCGAGAAGAAUAUUCGGAUUGUUUCGGAUGAUGCGGACUUGCAGGAGUUUUGGAAUUGGGUCCGACAUUCUCGAGAAGAGUCGGCGAAUGGGCUGACAAUCGUCAACCGCAUUGAUAUGAGUUACCUUGGUGUUUGUGACGUGUGGUUUAAUGAAAUUGGAGCCACAUCGAAGGAACUCAGACAGCACUCUUCUAUAAACAAAAUCGACCUAGCACCAGAGCAAAUGAUAAAAGACAUGGUCCAACAACUCCAACUCCCAGAAGGAAAAAGAUGCGAGACAGACUUUUGGGAACAUCGCCAACUCUGUCUUCAUAUCUGUGGUGCCAUCGAAUCCGAACAAGAGCUCGAGCAGAUUGUCGAUGAUCUCGUCAAGAAAAGACAACACACAAAAGCCGCAGCAUUGGCCAUUUUCCAGAAUGAGGCCAAAAUAGCUUUCCAUGCUCUCCGUCAGAACGAACCUACACAGGCACAUAAGCUUCUUGCCAUGGCUAUCGUGGGUGCAGCUAAGGGACAGCAAAGUGACAGGGAUUGGGAAGAGACCUGUAACGAGAUUGCGACUGAGCUGACAGACCCAUAUGCCCGAGCGGUUCUUGCUCUAGUCAGCAAAGGCAAGUGGGAGUCUGUUUUGGCAGAGACGACUCUCCCAUUGAAGUACCGCGUAGAGGUGGCUUUGCGCUGGCUACCCGAUGACGAUCUGACGACAUAUUUACAAGAGACUAAAGAAGAAGCGAUUCGGCAAGGGGACAUUGAAGGUAUCCUGCUAACCGGACUUCGACAUUCAGCACUUAACCUAUUCCAAUCUUAUAUCCGCAAAUUCAACGACGUGCAGACCGCCGUUCUAGCAAUGAGCCACACGGUACCCCGAUUCAUUGAUGACGAGACCAGCAAAGCGAUAUUCAGAACAUGGCGCGAAACAUACCGCCGACAGAUCAACUCAUGGAAAAUGCAAAUUGAGCGAGCUCGCUUUGAUGUGGGCUCCAGAAGAUUCGCCGUAACCUGGGAUGGCCGACGAUUAAUCGCCCCGGCACCUCAGCAAGUCAGUCUGACGUGCAACUACUGCACCCGACCACUCCAUCAAGCAGAAUCAAUCUCCUCAACGACCAUAUCCGGCGGCCUAUCUACAUCGACAUCCACCGCCACAGCCUCCGCUGUAAGCGAUUUGCUACAAAGCGGCGGGAACGGGAGCAGCACCGCUACUUCCAACCCAGCGAUGUUGGUCAACAAUCAAUCAUAUCUAGGUGCACAGGGCGCAAUUCUUAUGUCCGGCACCGUCUGCCCCAAAUGUUUUCGGCAUAUGCCUCGAUGCGGCGUCUGUUCGCUCUGGCUCGGUUCUCCAGACCCCAUGUCCCGCGCCGCCAUCGCAGCUGACGCAAAACGCGAAGAAGAGGAGAAACUCAAUCACGAAGAUGACGAUGACGAAACCAAAGAGCACACUAAUGGGGACGUUACUUCUGCCAGAAAGCGAACCGGGCCAUCCGAAGACGAGAUUAUUCGUCGCUUCGUGGUGUUUUGUAUUAAUUGUAACCAUGGGUUCCAUGCAAAUCAUGCCAAGGCGUGGUUUUCGAGGCACAGGGUCUGUCCUGUUCCGGAGUGCAGCUGUGUAUGUGAUCGGUAG